UAGUGUUUAUGACCUGAAAAUAGAGAAUCAUUGUCUUUUUCUAUCUAUUUACACAACCAUUAAAUCACUAAUUAUACCACUUAUAUGAAUCGUAUCCUAUGUUUUUAAACGGAUUAUUCCCAAAAUAUAUAUCUGACCAUUAAUUAUAAUUGACCCAUGCCUUCUUUUAUUAUUUUUAAUUAUUAUUUUUUACUUUAUUAUUUGCUGGCUGAGGAAAGGCCCAUCACUUUUCUUAGCAAGUUGGAUAUACGUAAGUAUAAAUAGCACCCAAUUACGGCUUUAUUUUGUCCAACAAUAACACAAAACAACUCCAAAAGAUAAAUAGAAGCGUAAAAAAAAAAAGAAAGCUUGAGAAGAAAAUAAAAAUAGUACUUCACACAAUCGUAUAUACUCAUCAAACAAGUUAAAUCCUCUAUGAACAUGUCUUACACUAACCAAGGAUCUUCAUCCGACAGCAGCAUGAGCCCCAACUCCACUGAAGAAGAGGGGCUCAUGCUCGCUUCUGCCUACCCGAAGAAACAGGCAGGCAGAAAGAAGUUUACGGAGACUCGUCACCCCGUUUACCGUGGGAUCCGCCAACGGAACAACGGUAAAUGGGUGUGCGAGGUCCGUGAGCCUAACAAGAAAACCCGUAUAUGGCUCGGCACCUUUCCUACUGCCGAGAUGGCUGCCAGAGCUCAUGACGUGGCAGCAAUGGCCCUCCGUGGUCGUUCCGGUGCUUGUCUCAACUUUGCUGACUCCGUUUGGCGGCUCCCUGUCCCUGCAUCCUCCGAUACCAAGGACAUUCAACGCGCAGCCGCUGAGGCUGCCGAAGCAUUCCGCCCUCAACUUCCGCCUGUUGAAGAACUUCAACAGGCGGUAGAUGAGAAGGCGGAAGAGGAAGCUCAAUCGUCAACUACUGCUACAAUGGAUGAGAUGAACAACAUGAGUUUUAGUAAUAAUGAGAAUGGUAUGUAUAUGGAUUACGAGAUGGAACUCGAAACCCCGGGAUUAAUCGCUGAUAUGUACCAUGGAAUGGGGAUGCUUCCGCCUCCAAAUAUGACUAGUUUCAAUGAGACGACUUAUGAAGACGAUGAUAUGGCAAAUGGAACUGCUGACUUGCCAUUAUGGAGUUACUCUUUUUAGAAACCACUCCAUUCAUUCUUAUUCUUUUAAUAAAGUUUUAGGAUAAUUUCAGAAUCUAUAAAAAAAGAAAGAAAAAAAUUUAAAUUUUUGUAUGUUAAAAUUUAGAAGUAGAACAGAGUACUAUGCUGGCAUGAUUUUUGGUUAGUUAGCCGUUACCGAUUGUUUUUUGUUGGUUGGUACAGGUGGUAUGCAAGUAUUGUUAUUUAGAGUGGGAAAAUUUAAAUAAAAAAAUAAAAUUUAGAAAUGUACUUUGUUAGUUGCUUUGGAGAAACAGAGCACAGCUGAGUGAGUGAGUAGUAUUACUAAAAAUAGAAGUAUGAUUGUAAAGUGUAGUACUUAGAUCAUGUACUACUUUCUUAAUUGACGAUGAUUCGUCUCUUUAUUGGUUAAAUUUGGUUGUAUCUUGUCUAACUUUAGGGAGUAAUACACUGUUUUCAAGGAACAUGUUCAUAUAAAAUAAGAGGGAAAUUUGAAAACAGAGCAUGUUUAAAUUUAUGAGCAAAUUAUUAAUUUAUGCUUGUUAUGUUGUUAUACCUCAAUAUGUGAUGGGAUGGAAUUAUGGAAAUGCUAUUUUGUUGUUUGUAAAAUGGCGUGUAUCAAAUGAGGAACAAGGAGAGUAAAUUUUGUCACGUGGAUAAGACGGGUGACUGUGUAAUAUUUCUGUAGUUGUAUCACUAAUAAUUCACAUUUUUAACGUAAGUGUGUGUGGUAUUGUACCUAUUUUUAAAUUUUUCCAUAAUCAUGUGUCAUACUUUAUACCUAGAAAAGAUAAUUGUCGGAACUAGAAGAUUUACAAAUUUAGAUCCUGCUGCACAUAAUAAUGAUAAAAUUCGUUUGUUUUUAAAAAAUAAUAAUACAGUCACACACCUUGGUACAAUAAUCCAAUAAAAAAAAAAAAAAGUAAAAAGCCAGAUAGAUAGAUGGAUAGGUAGAUAACCUUUUGCAUGUAAGCAAACAUCAAUAGAUUCUCUAAUGAGAACCAACAUAAUAUGUUUUGUCAUAACUUAUCUUAUAAGUUAUCAAUAUAAUAAAACCACGAAGGAUACACAAGUAGGAUAACUGGAUAAUACUGUACUUGGUUAUACAAUCCUUUUACUUGGCUGAAAUUCAAAGGUUCAUUCAUCAAUCAUUCAUAACAAGUAUAUUCGGUACUACUAGUAGUGAGACUAUUGGAGCAUUAUCAUCCACAAAUAAAAUUUCACUUUUUGGACCCACAUUUCAAAGCGAGUUUCUUUCAACCACAUGUUCACACGUUAUUGGGCCCCACUAAUGUUAUCUUCUAUUUAUUUAUUUUUUUGACAAUUU